AAGAAACGUCAGUCUGGCCAGAGUGUUCGAGGAGGCGGAGAGACGGACAGGAGGAGCGAGAGGACUGAUGAAUGAUAGUGUCAGAGGAGUGUCUCACCUCGAUUAGCAGCGUUGGAGCUGUCAAGAUGGCUGUACUGGGCUCUUGUUAAAAGACUGAGAUAAUUUCACCCGUGAGACACUGGCAGAUCAGCAACUCACUUCGUCGCGGCGGCGGUAGAAGUAUUUCAUAUACACAGAGAUCUGCAGAUGGGUCAGGGUCUGUGGAGGGUGGUGAGGAACCAGCAGCUGCAGCAGCAGUACAGUGAACAGUGCUUCCUCCAGCGGGACAGAGAGCGGGGCCGGAGGGUGGGGCCCCCACUGGCUGAUCCACUGCAGCAGCGCCGCACACCACAGUGCCAGGUCCCCGGCACCGACAUCAGCCACCUGCUGCGCGUCCGCAGGGGCAAAGAGGAGCAGGGCUUCAUCGAUCUUGAGAUGCUGCCGCCUGAACUCAGCAUCACCAUCCUCUCCUACCUGAAUGCUACCGACCUGUGCCUGGCCUCCUGUGUGUGGCAGGACUUAGGCAAUGAUGAGUACCUGUGGCAGGGCCUGUGCAAGUCCACUUGGGGUCACUGUUCCAUAUACAAUCGAAGGCUUCCAUCUGGAUUUUCCUAUAGAAAGCUCUACAUGGAAUUGGAUGAAGGAAGCCUAACCUUCAACGCCAACCCGCAAGAGGGUAUCAGUUACUUCAUGUCCAGAGGUAUUCUUGUGGACCACCCGAAGGAAAUUGCCAAGUUUAUAUUCUAUACCAGAAUGCUGAACUGGAAGAUGCUGCGGAUUUAUCUUGAUGAACGGCGAGAUGUUCUGGAUGAGCUGGUCACACUUCAUAAUUUUAGUAACCAGUUCCUUCCUAAUGCACUGAGGGACUUCUUCAGACACAUUCAUGCCCCGGAGGAGAGGGGCGAGUACCUGGAGACCCUCAUCACUAAGUUUUCUCAUCGUUUCUGUGCCUGCAACCCCACUUUGGUCCAGGAAGUGGGCUUAAGUCCUGAUGCGGUGUACGUGCUGUGCUACUCUCUCAUCCUUCUCUCCAUCGAUCUGACCAGCCCUCACGUAAAGAACAAGAUGUCCAAGAGGGAGUUUAUCCGAAACACACGGCGGGCGGCUCAGAACAUCAGCGAGGACUUUGUAGGCCACCUCUAUGACAACAUCUAUCUGAUCGGCCACGUGGCGGCCUAGGCACUACAGAGACACGUCAGAGAGAGCUGGCGCGUAAAACAUUAGCAAAUGCACUAGGAAGGAUUCUGCUUCAAGCUGGAAGAAAAACACUGUCAGAACUCAUUUUAAAAAUGAAGUCCUAUGAGUUAAGCCUUUAAUAUGAUGUGCUGCAUUACAAAGAUGUGGAGGACAGCCACAAUGUGAAGAAUCAGCAAAGCAAGUCAGUUGUUAGCAGGCUAGCAAUGGUAGCGACAAGGUUUACCUACAAGAAACCGCUUAAACAUGCAAAACUAUGUAGCUACAUGAAGAUUAAUGAGAUAAGCUAUGAAGUCAGUUAAAGCUGAAUGUAGACUUAAUGGGGCUUGCAUCAUAUUUACAAAGACAUCUAUUUUCUUCCUCGUUCUAAAUUGGAAACCUCAUUAUAUCAAAUGAAUGUCAGCUUUUUUGCCAUAUCUACAAAAUCCAGGCAAGUCUAAGACAUUCAGUCUAUAGUCACUGUGAUAUCAAAAGAUUGACAGACUAAAACAGCAGAACUAUUGAUAAUGAACAAAAGUAUUUUAUUUUAAUUCUGUGUGUACUUUCUUGUUUUAGGAGGCUGUGUGUUUGUGCAUUGUCACAUAUGUCUCAUCUUCCUUGAGAAGAGUAAAAGCCCGUGAGACAUUGUAUGCACUGAAUUUUUAUUACGUUUGUUUCAUAGGUUUGGUCAUUUUUUUUUUGUUGUACACCACAUUCUGUUAGACCGUUUUCCAAUCCAAAAUAUAUCAAUUCUAUACAAGCAAAUACUUCAUAUACAAGCAAAUGAAAUCCAUCAUCUGAACAUCUGAGUACAUUCAUCUAGAGAAGCUUUUCUCAAAAAAUUCAUUGAACAUUUUGUCUUUUAGUUAAGUAUUUGCUCUCAGUUCAUAAAUGUGGGUAUUUUUUUUUUUUCUUUUCUUUUAUUCAGAUUUUCUACAAUUGGGUGCCAAUAGAGAGGAUUAAAUACUAAACGACAUAUACACAAUAAUAAGGAACGACAUUAUUAUUCACACGCUCUGCAUAGUUUAAUUUAAUGUUGAACAUUUUAUUUGCACAUAAUGUAUAUAAUUAUAGAGAUUUAUAAACAUUAAAUUUUAUUUUGGAGUAUUUUAACUAAGAGUUGUGGUUUUUCCCUCAAUUAAAAAGAGUGAAUUCUCCUUUGCACUUUUUUGGCAUAUUUACCAUGUCACAAUGCUACAUAAUUCUGACCAUUGUUAUCCAGUGCAGAAUUAACUGUAAUUUUAAUAACAGAUUACAGCUAAUCUUUCCCUGGUUCUUUUGGUAUUUCUUUUCAUUAUAUGCUCAGCAUUCUUUUGGUAUUUAAUUUUGGUAUCAAAUUUGAACAAAUCUGCUUAACUAGUUAAAUAGCAGAAAGAAUUUGUUUAAUAGAGAUUUCAGUAUGACAACACUGGACUAACGCACUUAUAGAUUGUAUCAAAAAAAUAAAAUUUUGAAAAUCA